AUGGCCCAGUCGGCUGUCAAGACUUUCUUAGACUCCAAAGGUCUGUCUGCUACAUCAGCAUGGAUUGAGUCCUUCGUCAGUUCCAGCCGUCAAGGAACCCCUCUACCUGCUCUGCAGAAAACGGCUCUAUUUCGUAUACUGGCCUCGGAUAUCACAUCGUCAAUCAAAGCUUCACCGACAAACACGCUUCCACCAAAUGCUCUCAAUCCUACAGUUAAAGAACUUCGUGUGCCAGAUAGCAUACCCCUCCAGGUUCUUGACAUUGAAGACAUAGGACGCAGCGCUUGGAGCCAAGUUGAAGCUAUUGAGGCUCAAGAACGUGGCGAAACCACAAAAGGCAGGGAGGUCAUUCGUGUCGUGCCUGGUGAGGAGGCCGACCCAGACAGAGAUGGCACUACUCCAAUCACGAAGAGCAACGGUCCUCACAAGCUACUUCUACAGGAUGCCAAGGGAACAAAAAUCUACGGCUUUGAAGUUACCGACGUCGAUGGCAUCGACUUAAACCUGGGCAUUGGCGCAAAACUCAUAUUGAAGAAUAUGACAAUUGCCAGAGGCGUUAUCCUGCUUGAACCUACCAGUACCCAGCUCCUUGGUGGUAAGGUUGAUGUAUGGGACAAGGCUUGGAGAGCUGGCAGGAAGGAGGCUUUAAAGGCUAAGGUUGGUCCAAGAGAAGAAGAACUCUGA